UGAAACAAGCCUUUAUACUUAUAAUCCAUUCACAAAGCGAGCACCUGAUCCUUGGAUCAACACUCACUUGUAUUAUUUGGACUUGUAUGAUCGACCAGUGUUUCUUUUCAAUCAAUCUUUUUCAAACGAUCAUAAAAUAUGUGAGACUCUCUUCUUCGAUAAAACUGAAUUUCUUGAUGGCUAUCCCGUUAAUAUUGCCGCAACUUAUAGCAAUACUGAUUUGCUACUUGAUGUCAUAUUUAUUUCUUUAAACAUGACUCCACAAGUAACUUACUUUACUGAUAAUAUUUACAAAUUAUUUUGGUCAAUAAAGGGUGGAGAAAACGAUAUCGCUACCUCAUACAAAUACAGUAUGGACCCUCGUAGUGUAGACACAGUGCCACUGAAGCGCGAAGCAUAUUUUAUUAUAGUAACACAAAAGGCAAAUUUUCAAUCAGCAUCCUAUGAAAUUGCAAAUGUAAUUGAUAUUAAUGGAGCUAUAGCGAUAAUUUUUCUUCUUCUUCUAAUAACCCUCUUGAUUGUAUUGCACAAUGAGUAUCAGAUCGGAUUGGCUGUUCUGGAUGUCCUGAAGCUGCUGAUGAGUAUGGGGAUCGAUGCACCUCUCGACCGUCUCGCCAUGAAAAUCACCUUCUUCACGGGAUUUUUUUUCGUUUUUUUAUUUAGUCCAUUGCUUGUGGGACAAAUAUUUGCCGUAUUAACUCGCCCGCCGACUUAUAACAUUGAGUCCCUUAAAGACUUGUACGAUCAUAAGUAUCACGUAUAUUGUCCAUCGAUAGUUAAGGAUUAUAUUAUAGAAGAGCAAUUAUGGAAUACUGUUGAGGCCGAGAAAUAUUUGCAUUCAGAAGAUUCCUAUGACUUUUUCGUCGAUUGUUCGACACGAGUCAGCACAAAUAAUACGGUUGCAUGUAUACUUCCAGAUGAAGUAUUAAUUAACUAUGCUGUCAAAAAAAAUUUGCAUAUAUCAGAGCGUUUCAUGCUGAAAGUAUCAGCUUUUUAUCAGACAACUCACGAUUGGGUUCUGGCGGAUCGAUUUUACCAUAAAGGAUUAAACUUUCAAGAAUCCGGGAUCUUUGAUCGACUAAGUAAAGUUCCCCUGAAGAAUUCACUGAAGAAGAUAAAAGCUAAGGAAAGACUUAAGAAAAUCGUUGAUUAUCAAACAAUUGACGCUGUAGAUUUAACGUAUUUAUAUGUAUUUAUGGCAUUUUUCCACUGUUUGGCAGUUAUUGUUUUUGGUAUUGAGUAUAUUAUCGGACGUUAUCGCCGUCCAAGACAAUAACAAAUAAACAUCCAUUAGCUUAAGAACAAUGUGUGUUAUUCAUAAGUGCAGUCGCGUGUGACCAUCUCAAUAAAUUCGAUCACUUGGAUUGUCUAUUCAAGCCUGUAAGUGGAAUUAUUAAUAUGAUGAUAAAUUUUGUCACAAGUGGCUCGUUGAGUUACUUCGAUAUUUGUUGGUCGUUUGCUAUCGCACAUGUAACCAAAAAAUAUUUUUUGAUCUGUUGACAACGUCACUAUUAGAACAAUUAGGUAUCUUUUUUACCAGCUGUAUCUAAUUUAAUAUUUUUUGCUGCCGGCUGUAGGCGCUAAAUGUCGUACAUUUCAAGUGUCUCACAAAAAUACAUUUUUCUUAACCAACUAGUAAAAUUCAGAAUGUCUAUUUUUUGGUGAUUAAUUGCGAUGAACUAAAGAACUUCAAAUAAGUAUUCAUACAUUAUAUUUUCUAUUAAUAUUUAUCCAAAUAUGAUAAAUUGAUGGAGAAG